ACACGUUGCCUUGCCAGUGAACUUGGAGGUCUGGAGCAUUGGAGCAAGCCUAGAGCAGUGACAUCCGCAGACACUUGGUUUUCAAAGACGUGGAAGAGCGCUGCUUUGACCACACAGGCCCGUGCAGCUGGUUCACACUGAGCGAGACAUGUACAUCUCUAGAAAAGAAGGAUAGAGAGAGAAUUCACACUGGAUGAAAAUAAUUACCUGAAGCUGGGUGUAUUCCAGGAACCAUAACCCAAAUGUUUCUGUGUCUGUGGAGAAGAUCUCCCGUUUGAAGUAACUUCUACUGAAGCUAGGUGUGUCCCAUCAUCAUGUUCUGGAAGUUUGAUUUGAACACGACAUCGCACGUGGAUAAGCUGCUGGACAAAGAAGAUGUGACACUUCACGAGCUGAUGGAUGAAGAUGACAUCUUACAGGAGUGCAAGGCGCAGAACCGCAAGCUGCUGGACUUCCUCUGCCAGCAGCACUGCAUGGAGGAGCUGGUCAACCUCAUCACCCAUGAGCCCCCCGUGGACAUGGAUGAGAAGGUCCGCUUCAAGUACCCCAACACCGCCUGCGAGCUGCUGACCUCGGACGUGCCCCAGAUCAACGACAAGCUCGGCGGGGACGAGACGCUGCUCAACAUCCUCUACGACUUCUUGGAUCACGAGCCACCCCUGAACCCACUGCUUGCCAGCUUCUUCAGCAAGACCAUCGGGAACCUCAUCGCCAGGAAAACGGAGCAGGUGAUCGCGUUUCUAAGGAAAAAAGACAAAUUCAUCAGCCUGGUGCUAAAGCACAUAGACACAUCAGCCAUGAUGGACCUGCUGCUCCGUCUGAUCAGCUGCGUGGAGCCCGCGACGCUACGGCAGGAAGUGCUGAACUGGCUUAAUGAAGCAAGAAUUAUUCAGAGACUUGUGGAGCUGAUCCAUUCAAGCCAGGACGAGGACAGGCAAUCAAACGCUUCCCAGACCCUGUGUGAUAUCAUCAGAUUGAGCAGAGACCAGAGCAAUCAGCUGCAGGAUAUACCUGAGCCUGAUCCACUUCUCACCGCACUGGAAUCGCAGGAAUGUGUGGAGCAACUCCUGAAGAACAUGUUCGACGGGGAGCAGACUGAGAACUGCAUAGUGAACGGAACGCAAGUUCUUCUCACGUUGCUGGAAACGAGGCGCUCUGGGGUGGAAGGACUGAUGGACUCAUACACUCAGGGAUUUGAAAGGUCUUACACUGUCAAUAGCAGCAUCUUACACGGCAUUGAACCGAGGCUAAAAGAUUUCCACCAGCUGCUGCUCAGCCCUCCCAAGAAAACAGCAAUCCUGACCACAAUCGGCGUCUUGGAGGAGCCCCUGGGGAACGCUCGUCUUCACGGCUCUCGCCUGAUCGCUGCUCUGCUCCACACAAACACUCCCAGUAUUAAUCAGGAACUAUGCAGACUCAGUACCAUGGAUUUAUUACUUGACUUAUUUUUUAAAUACACGUGGAAUAAUUUUUUGCAUUUCCAAGUGGAAUUGUCCAUAGCAGCUAUUCUCUCACACUCUGUGCAAGAGGGAAGAACUACUGCGAAUGACCUAGAAAGCAGAGAAGAGGUGCUGAAUGGAAACGUGACCACAGAGAACCAAGAAACUCCGGAAAACAACACCGAGAAUAUCAUGGUUACUCAUUUGUUCCAGAAGUGCUGCCUGGUGCAAAGGAUACUGGAUGCCUGGGAAGCCAACGACAAAAUACAGGCAGAAGGGGGAAUGAGGCGAGGCAACAUGGGCCACCUCACCCGCAUCGCCAACGCCGUGGUGCAGAACAUGGAGAAGGGCCCCAUGCACACCCAGAUCAGUGAAUUCAUCAAAGAGCUACCUGAGGACUGCAGAGGGAGGUGGGAGAGCUUCGUAGAAGAGACGCUGACGGAAACAAACAGGAGGAAUACGGUGGAUUUGGUGAGCACUCACCAUCUGCACUCUUCCAGUGAGGAUGAAGACAUUGAGAGUGCUUUUCCCAAUGAACUUUCUCUCCAGCAGGCCUUCUCCGAGUACCAGAUCCAGCAGAUGACUGCUAAUUUCGUGGAUCAGUUUGGCUUUAACGAUGAGGAGUUUGCUGACCAGGACGAUAAUAUCAACGCUCCCUUUGACAGGAUCGCGGAGAUCAACUUCAACAUAGACGCAGACGAUGACAGCCCCAAUGCUUCCCUCUUUGAAGCCUGCUGCAAUGAACGAAUCCAGCAAUUUGAUGAUAACGAGGAAGAGGAAGAUAUCUGGGAGGAGAAGGAGAUAACCUAUGCAACGCAAGUUAAGUCAAGAACGAGGUUUGGAGCAUCUCAGGCCUCGGAGAGUUCGUCAAAAAGCGAUCUUGAGAACGGGGAUCACGACGGCAGCGUGGACUCGGAAGAAGAGGAGGAAACAGAACAGCAGGUGCCUUCUUCCUCAGCCAACAGCAACAAGAACAAUGCUGCUGAGCAGAAAGAGUCCGACUCUUCUGAAGGCUCCGGGUGGACCGCAGUGUUCGAGCCCGUCAACUCGAAGCCCCCCACCCCCUGCGUGGCCAUGGACGUUGGAUCGAGCGUGUGGGAUUCGGCCGCCCCAGAGAACGCCGCGCCGGAGGAGAAGGGCUGGGCCAAGUUCACAGACUUCCAGCCCUUCUGUUGCUCAGAAUCAGGCCCACGAUGCAGCUCUCCUGCGGACACAGAAAGCAGCGACUCGGACGGCAACCCGAAGCAGAGUCAGGACAAGAACUUCAGCGCGGCCUCUCCCUGCGUCUGGAACGUCUGCGUCACGCGGAAGGCGCCGCUGGUGGCCUCGGACAGCAGCUCCUCGGGCGGCUCGGACAGUGAGGACGAGGAGGAGAAAGGCGACGUCGUCACCGAGACCAUCAGCACGGGAACGGGCCAGGAAACCGUCAAGCUGACGAUGGAUGCGAAGAACGAGAAGGCCGUUUUCACCAGCGAUGCAGGCUGCAUGGUUAUUGAGAAGCUGACCAUCACGGACGUGGGAACGACCAAAGCAUCCAAACCACUGAACAACGUGGCCCAGCACCCGGAGGAGCACCAGAACACGGCGCCGGUCACGGAAACGGCCACGAAAGACAGGAAAGAAGAAGUUUUGCCUUGUGCUGAAGCCACGUUAAAUGGCCCUGCUUGAUGACACAGAUGCAAUGGGACGUGUGUGAUCCAGGCCAGGCUGCUACCUGGUGAUGCAAUUUGUCAAUUUUUUUUUUUUUUUUUUCCAUUUUAAUUUUAUUUUUUAAUAAAUGCUGCAUUGAUGAGAGAGCUGGCAUUCAGGACCAGACACGGAGUUUCGACGCCAACAAUCUGUUCUGAAAGACACUUGCACUGUCUAAAUGUAGCAUCGAUCACAGGAAUGAUGGGUUCUUCCCAAGCAAGCCUUCUGCCUACUUUCAGUUCCUGUCCCCUUCCCUCUCUCCCUUGUUUUUGUUUUGUAUUUGGGGUUCAGUCCUAUUUUCUUAGUGUUAUUGCACACAGUAUUCAGCUUCUCUUCGGAAAGGUAGCAGGUCUAACGCUGGGACUUGGACAGCGCACAGGAGUCCCGCAGUCGUGUGACCAAAGUUCCCGAUGGAGCUGCCUUUGGGCAGCAUUUGCACCGCUUUUGUAUAGCAAUAAAGCCUUAUCAGAAACAUUUCA